AUGUCCAAAUACUACCGUAGGAAAAGAAAGGAGACAACAGAACCCACAAGGUUCCGUUUCAUAGAACACCUGAAUCCAGAGAAUACGUGGCAAUACGAAUUCAAUGGAAAUGUAGUCGUGCAAUGUGAGAAACCGAAUACAUGCAGAAGAUUUUUGAGAAGAAUGGUACCAAUUCCGGAAAUGGGAAUGUGGGUUUUACAAGACACAAUGCAGGCCUUAUACGGACCGGAUUUCAUUCGGAAGCCAGAUUUCGUAGUUCCUCGAGAUGUGGUAUCAAUUGCGAUUCCAAAGGAAAGUUUCCGUGUUGAUGGUGAAUAUUUUGUGGAUUUUGUACCGAAGGAUGGUGCCGAGGGGACAUACACCUAUGAAAUGUGUUCUCAAAGUGUUCAAGUCACUUGGUUCCAUUAUCAAGACUCAAAGUAUAUGGCUCGAAUUUGUAUUUAUAUGGACGACUGGUACAAUCCAUUCAAAAUUAUCAAGGAUGAUGUGGUCCGAGCAUUUGAAAAUUGUAGUAUCUAUCGACCAAAUCCAGCAAAUUUCAAAGAAAAAUCAAUGAGAAAAGUUUGGUGUCCGUAUCGAAAUGAAUGGAUUAUUGUGACACGAAACGAGUUUGGAGAGGUUGAUAAAUUUGCAUUUAAUGGACAGGAAAAUCAAAUGGAAUUGGUGAAAUGUGCAGAUUGUUUUUAUGAUUCUUCCACUUUGUCAAUCGAGAAUUCAACGGCGAAGAAUAGUUCGAAACCUCUACCAACACUGGAUUUUUCAAAGUUUUUGAAAGUGGAAUUCUGUGAGAAAUGGAAUGAUUUGGUGAUGGUUGGAAAGGAUUCAACUGGAAAAGUGGCUCAUUUUAAUUGGGAUUCGGAGAUUGGAAAAUUCAAAACACAGAGUUGUUGCGAGUGUAACAACAAUUCUAGAGGAAGAUUUGAUAGGGAUGGAGGAUUGGAAGAUGAGCCACCGUCCUAUGAAUUUUUGGAAUUGAUCGAAUUGACACAUUUUCACAAAUCAUAA